UAUGGAUACGAGGUUACGCGCAAGUCGAUGGAUAUUGACUUCCUGUCGGUAAGAUUAUUAAAGUGGGGAUACAUGAGACAUUCUUGGGUCUGUCUCUGGUUUGACCGUUCUUCGUUUCAGAAUUCAUAGUCCGAUUAACGGACUUAUAAUAUAUUAAAAUGGCUCUCCUAUCCUUACGUUUGGUUUCUUCGAUUGCAAGACAAUUGCCGAACGCUACAAUUCAGGUCAAAUGGCCUCUUAGUAUAUCUUCUUGCAAAUAUCAUGUAUCUUGUAGUCGGCGUUCUGCUGAAAUUUCUUCCAUUUUGGAAGAACGAAUUUUGGGUGCAGCUCCUAAGGCUAAUCUUGAAGAAACUGGUAGAGUGCUUAGUAUUGGUGAUGGUAUUGCUCGUGUUUAUGGUCUUAAAAAUAUUCAAGCUGAUGAAAUGGUGGAAUUUAGUUCAGGAUUAAAAGGCAUGGCUCUGAACUUGGAACCAGACAAUGUUGGUGUUGUCGUUUUUGGUAAUGAUAGACACAUUAAAGAAGGUGACAUUGUUAAACGUACUGGAGCUAUUGUUGACGUUCCGGUUGGAGAAGAAUUGUUAGGACGCGUUGUAGAUGCAUUAGGUAAUCCUAUUGAUGGUAAAGGACCACUUAACAGCAAAUUGAGAUUUCGUAUUGGUACUAAAGCACCUGGUAUCAUUCCUAGAGUAUCUGUUAGAGAACCUAUGCAAACUGGAAUUAAAGCUGUAGAUUCUCUAGUACCUAUUGGUCGUGGUCAACGUGAAUUAAUUAUUGGAGAUAGACAAACUGGAAAAACUGCUCUUGCUAUUGAUACAAUUAUUAAUCAAAAACGAUUUAAUGAUGCUGGAGAUGAGAAGAAAAAAUUGUAUUGUAUUUAUGUUGCUAUUGGUCAGAAAAGAUCUACCGUUGCACAAAUAGUAAAACGCUUAACAGAUAGUGGAGCUAUGGAUUAUACUAUCAUUGUUUCUGCAACUGCUUCUGAUGCAGCACCUCUUCAAUACUUGGCACCAUAUUCUGGAUGUGCAAUGGGAGAAUUUUUCAGGGAUAAUGGAAAGCAUGCUUUAAUCAUUUAUGAUGAUUUAUCCAAACAAGCUGUUGCUUAUCGACAGAUGUCUUUAUUAUUAAGACGACCACCAGGUCGUGAAGCUUAUCCUGGUGAUGUAUUCUAUCUUCACUCUCGUCUUCUUGAACGAGCGGCUAAAAUGAAUGAAAGUUUGGGAGGUGGUUCAUUAACAGCUUUACCUGUCAUUGAAACACAAGCUGGUGAUGUGUCUGCAUAUAUUCCCACAAAUGUUAUUUCUAUUACCGACGGACAAAUUUUCUUAGAAACAGAAUUAUUCUAUAAGGGUAUUCGUCCUGCAAUUAAUGUAGGUUUAUCAGUAUCUCGUGUUGGUUCUGCUGCUCAAACUAAGGCUAUGAAACAGGUCGCUGGUUCGAUGAAAUUAGAAUUGGCCCAAUAUCGUGAAGUUGCAGCUUUUGCUCAAUUUGGUUCUGAUUUAGAUGCUGCAACACAGCAAUUGUUGAAUCGUGGUGUUAGAUUAACAGAACUUCUUAAACAAGGACAAUAUGUACCUAUGGCCAUUGAAGAACAAGUUGCUGUUAUCUAUUGUGGUGUUCGUGGAUAUCUUGAUAAGAUGGAACCUACUAAGAUUACAGCUUUCGAAAAAGAAUUUCUUGCACACAUUAGAACUAGUCAACGAGAUCUUCUUAAUACUAUUGCUAAAGAUAACACAAUUAGUGAAGCUUCUGAUGCAAAAUUGAAGCAAGUUGUUACUGACUUCCUUGCUUCUUUUUCAGGCUAAGUGUCAAUAUAAAUUAAUUAAUAAUUCUCUGCUAUGCAAGAGCCAUGUGCAAAUAUUAUUCAUUAUUAUAUAGUUUUUAAUGUAUAAUAUUUGCACGUUAUAAAUAACAUUAAAGAAUUCCAUAUUUAAAUAUUAAAACACAAUAGUCAUACAAAUACAUAUAAACACUAUAUGUUGACUUUUAUUGUCAAGAAUAAUUUUGGUAAUUAAAAAAAUACUUCUUCUGAAGAAUGUUUCAUAGCAGAAAUAGGAGAAGUUAAAAAAUGAGUAAUAAAGUUCUAGAGUUUUUU